CGAGCGGGGCUUGGUGCGGCAGCAGCACAACAUCCACAACAGCAUCCAUCACCUCAGCACGCGCUGUAGUACUGUUACUGUAGUACUGCUACUGUAGUACUGUUACUGUUACUGUAGUACUGUUACUUUUAGUGUAGUACUGCACUGUACUACACAGGGCUACAGUAAUAUCAGAAGACUGAGACACAAGUUUAACACGUUCAUCAAAACCAGUUUGCUGGUGUGUUGUGGUUCAGGAUGUUUGGGGGCGUGUCUGCUCGUAUCCAGAAGAACCGGCUGAAGGCUGGAGGUCUGGGCUCGGUCCAGCAUGCAGUCCACUAUCUGAACCAGGACUUCCAGGCCCUGAGGGAAGAAUGUCUGCAGUCCGGGUCACUGUUCGAGGACCCGAUGUUCCCUGCAGAACCACAGUCGCUGGGCUUCAAGGAACUGGGACCCUUCACUGCCAAGACCAGAGGGAUGGAGUGGAAGAGACCAUCAGAGCUGACAGAGGAGCCUCAGUUUAUUGUGGGCGGAGCCACCAGGACUGACAUCUGCCAGGGAGCUCUGGGUGACUGUUGGCUGCUCGCUGCCAUCGGCUCGCUCACUCUCAACGAGCGUCUGCUGCACAGAGUGGUUCCUCACGGUCAGAGCUUUGACCUGCAGUAUGCUGGCAUCUUUCACUUCCAGUUCUGGCAGUUCGGUGAGUGGGUGGACGUAGUGGUGGACGACCGUCUGCCGGUCAAAGACGGAGAGCUGAUGUUUGUCCACUCAGCUGAAGGCAGCGAGUUCUGGAGCGCUCUGCUGGAGAAGGCCUAUGCUAAGUUGAACGGUUCAUACGAGGCCUUGUCCGGCGGCAGCACCACUGAAGGCUUCGAGGAUUUCACAGGGGGCGUGGCUGAGAUGUACGAGCUGAAGAACGCGCCCAAAGAUCUUCAUCGAAUCAUCAGCAAAGCUCUGGACAGAGGAUCACUGCUGGGCUGCUCCAUAGAUAUCAGCAGCGCCUUCGACAUGGAGGCAGUGACUUUCAAGAAGCUGGUGAAAGGCCACGCCUACUCUGUGACUGGACUCAGACAGGUGGAGUACCACGGGCGCCAGGAGCGUCUGAUCCGGAUCAGGAACCCGUGGGGUCAGGUGGAAUGGACCGGAGCCUGGAGCGACAGCUCCUCAGAGUGGAACGACGUGGACUCAGCGGAGAAGGACGAGAUGAUGUGUAAGAUGGAGGAUGGCGAGUUCUGGAUGUCGUUCCAGGAGUUCCUGCGUCAGUUCUCCAGGUUGGAGAUCUGUAACCUGACUCCUGACGCUCUCAGUCAGGACUCCAUCAGCUUCUGGACGACCGUGAUGUUUGAGGGCGCCUGGAGGCGGGGCAGCACCGCAGGCGGCUGCAGGAACCACCCCAACACAUUCUGGAUCAACCCUCAGUAUAAGAUCUCUCUGCUGGAAGAGGACGACGACCCUGAGGACGACGAGGCCGCCUGCAGCCUCCUGGUGGCGCUGAUGCAGAAAGACCGACGCCGUUUCCGUCGCCAUGGAGACGACACGCAUACCAUCGGCUUCGCUGUCUAUGAGCUUCCUGAAGAGUACCGAGGUGGUCCCAGCAUCCACAUGAAGAAGGACUUCUUCCUGCGUCGCUCCUCUUGCGCUCGCUCUGAGACCUUCAUCAACCUAAGAGAGGUGAGCGCCAGGAUCCGCCUCCCGCCGGGCGAGUACCUGAUCGUUCCGUCGACCUUUGAGCCGUCAAAGGAGGCCGACUUCGUCCUAAGGGUUUUUACGGAGAAACAGGCGGAGACCGGGGAGAUGGACGACGACGUGGAGGCGACCUUUGACCUGGAGGAGGAAAUCUCAGAGAGCGACAUCGACGAUUCCUUCAGGUCCAUGUUUGCUCAGCUGUCUGGAGACGACAUGGAGAUCUCAGUGCGAGAACUCAGGACCAUCCUGAACCGAGUUGUUUCCAAACACAGAGACCUGCAGACAGACGGGUUCAGUAUGGAGUCGUGCAGAGCAAUGAUCGGCCUCAUGGACAAGGACGGCAGCGCUCGCCUUGGACUGCUCGAGUUCCAGAUUCUCUGGAAUAAGAUCAGGAAGUGGUUGGGAAUCUUCAGAGAGUUCGACCUGGAUAAAUCUGGAUGUAUGAGCUCCUACGAGAUGCGUCUGGCGCUGGAAAAUGGCGGCUUCAAACUGAACAACAAGCUGUUCCAGACGCUGGUUGCUCGCUACGCCGACAACGAGAUCAUCGACUUUGACAACUUUACCUGCUGCCUGGUCAAACUGGAGGUCAUGUUCAAGGUCUUCCAGGAGCUAAACAAAGACGGGACAGGAAGAAUCGAGGUCAACAUCACCGAGUGGCUGCUAUUGACCAUGUGUGGAUGAAGUCACUUCCUGACGAGACAGGAAGUACAACGCCAUGGCAACAACCAAUCAGAGCAGAGCUGCAGUUACUAUACUAUACACUGUUAACUCUGCUGCUGCUGCAUCUACUCCCAGAUAGAGGGCGCUACAGCUCAUACACACAUUAUGGCCUAUGCUUUUAUUUAUUGAUUGAUUGAUUGACUGAUUGAUUGAUGGAUGAGACAGAUCUCAGGGUUUCAUUUUGUUUGUUAGGUGAAGAUGUGUUAAACUAACUCUGCUAAAAAUCAUGGUAACAAUAAACAUUUACACUUUAAAGGAGACAAAA